CACGCCUCUGGUAGCAUUGCCAUGUCUCCCACUCCCUGCUUCAGCCCUCUAUCCCUUGCUUCCCGCUGUCCCCUUGCCCUGACAGCCACAGCGUGGCCUGGGACUCAUAGGGGAGUUUACUUAAUCCCUGGUCUCUGUGUUAACAGCCACCAUCCGGAUGCAAUGGAAACCUUUUUCAGGCGGCACUUUGGGCGGAAGGGGCCGCGGCGCAGCAGCGUGGUGGCUGUGCCCACGGGCAAGGCCAGGCGGCGCUCCCAGGUGGGGCUGCCCUCCGCCUCGCUGGCCCAGUGCCGCCGCGGCUCAGGCACCGCAGCGGCGUCCCUCUCCUGCCUGGGGCUGGUCCGGCGUCCCGGCACGCGUCGCCGCUCCAGCACCACGCCGCCCUGCCUCAGCCCCAGGUUUGCCGUGCAGAAGAAGCGCGGAGGCCAGGCACAAGCCAUUGAUGCCCAGCUGCUGGGUCCCACUGUCCUCCUGGCCAGCCUCCUUCCCACGGGGGACGAGGGGGACGGGGCUCACUGCACUGACAGCUCCACAUCUGAAUCUCCAGAGGACGGUGGUGCAGCAGCAGGAGCUGAGCAGGGCCAGCACGAGCAUAGCGCUGAGGAGACGUGGUUGGCCAUGCUGCCCCAGCUGCGGCCGCUGCAGGCAGGGCUGCUGUCGCGGGGCCCCCGCUGCCUGCGGCGCGCCUCCUCCCACCGCCUGCCCACCGAAGCCCUGCACGGCCGGGCUGCCUACGGCCUGCCAGGCCGCUACCGCCGCCUCAGCCAGCGCCGGCGCUCCAGCGAUGCCCCUCAGCCUGGGCCGCUCCCCUCUGGCCACCCCCGGCUGCUGGCCCAGCGCUGUGCAGGAGUGGCUGGAACCAAGUGCCCCUCUGCCACCCUCGUCAAGGGUUUGGGACCGGAGCCCACCGGCCACACCACCCCGGACGGCUGGAGCCCCCGGCUGCUGAAAGCUAUUGCUAAAUCCAGUCUCCAACACAUGGUAGCCCAGCCAAACCCAGCACUAGCCAUGAGGAGCGACUCGGAGAGGCAGAUACGCAGCACUGUGGAUUGGAGCGAGGCUGCGGUCUAUGGGGAGCACAUCUGGUUUGAGACCAAUGUCUCUGGGGACUUUUGCUACGUUGGGGAACAGAACUGCAUGGCAAAGCUUCUGCAAAAACCUCUCUCCAGGCGCAAGUGUGCAGCCUGCAAGAUCGUAGUGCACACACCCUGCAUCGAACAGCUGGAGAAAAUAAAUUUCCGCUGCAAGCCUUCCUUCAGGGAGUCAGGAUCCCGGAACAUACGGGAGCCCAUUGUUGUCCGACAUCAUUGGGUGCACCGGAGGCGGCAGGAAGGGAAGUGCCGGCAGUGUGGCAAGGGUUUUCAGCAGAAGUUUGCCUUCCACAGCAAAGAGAUUGUGGCCAUCAGCUGUUCCUGGUGCAAACAAGCGUAUCACAGCAAAGUAUCGUGUUUCAUGCUGCAACACAUUGAAGAGCCCUGCUCACUGGGGGCUCACGCUGCUGUCGUCGUUCCUCCCACCUGGAUUCUGCGGGUCCGGCGGCCCCAGAAUCCGCUGAAAUCUAGUAAAAAAAAGAAGAGGACAUCAUUCAAGCGGAAAUCCAGCAAAAAGGGGGCCGAGGAAGGGAGGUGGAAACCCUUUGUCAUCAAGCCCAUGCCAGCUCCUCUCAUGAAGCCCUUGCUGGUGUUUGUGAACCCCAAGAGUGGUGGGAAUCAGGGAGCCAAGAUCAUCCAGUCCUUCAUGUGGUAUCUCAACCCACGGCAGGUUUUCGACCUCAGCCAGGGUGGACCCAAGGAGGCGUUGGAGCUGUACCGCAAAGUCCACAACCUCCGGAUCCUGGCGUGCGGGGGAGAUGGCACGGUGGGCUGGAUACUCUCCAUUCUGGACCAGUUACGCAUCAACCCACCUCCUCCUGUGGCCAUCCUACCUUUGGGGACAGGGAACGACUUGGCCAGAACACUGAACUGGGGUGGGGGUUACACAGAUGAGCCUCUGUCCAAGAUCCUAUCGCACGUUGAAGAUGGGAACAUAGUACAGCUUGAUCGCUGGAACCUCCAUGUGGAGCCAAACCCUGACACAAACCCUGAGGAAAAGGAUGAGGCAGCUGCUGACAAGCUCCCUUUGGAUGUCUUUAAUAAUUACUUCAGCCUUGGCUUUGACGCACGGGUGACGCUGGAGUUCCACGAAUCUCGAGAGGCCAACCCAGAGAAGUUCAACAGCCGGUUUCGGAAUAAAAUGUUCUAUGCUGGGACGGCCUUCUCCGACUUCCUCACCGGGAGCUCCAAAGACUUGGCGAAGCAUGUCAGGCUGGUUUGUGAUGGGAUAGACCUGACCUCCAAGAUUCAGGACCUGAAGCCCCAGUGCCUGGUCUUCCUUAACAUCCCAAGGUACUGUGCAGGCACCAUGCCAUGGGGCAACCCUGGGGAGCACCAUGACUUCGAGCCCCAGCGCCAUGAUGAUGGCUGCAUUGAAGUUAUCGGCUUCACCAUGACAUCACUGGCUGCCUUGCAAGUCGGUGGCCAUGGGGAGCGGCUCUGUCAGUGCCGGCAGGUGGUUCUCACCACAUCCAAGGCCAUCCCCAUGCAGGUGGAUGGAGAGCCCUGCAAGCUGGCAGCUUCCUGCAUCCACAUCUCUCUGCGCAACCAAGCCAACAUGCUGCAGAAGACCAAGCGGCGCAACUCCAUGCCUCUGCUCAAUGACCAGCAGCCAGUGCCCGAGCGGCUGCGGAUCCGGGUGAGCCGCAUCAGCAUGCGCGACUAUGAGGCACUGAACUAUGACAAGGAAAAGCUCAAGGAAGCCUCUGUGCCACUGGGGAUCAUCGUGGUUCCAGGAGACAGUGACCUGGAGUUGUGCCGGACUCAGAUUGAGAAGCUACAAGAGGAUUUCCCUGCACAGCCCUCUGCUUUAGAGCGCCUGCUCUUCCAGGAGGGAGAUGGAGCCAAGCCAAAGACAGUGUCAUUCCAGAGGCUGUCACCCAAGUGGUGCUUCCUGGACUCAACCACGGCCGAUCGCUUCUACAGGAUAGACCGCGCACAGGAACACCUAAACUAUGUGACAGAGAUCUCUCAGGAUGAGCUCUAUGUCUUGGACCCAGAGCUAGUGGUCACUCAGACUGUGAGCACUUCUCCUGCCAUGCCUGACCUCGUGGACUCUUCUGCCACACCCCCUGGGCACCAUUUUGCAUUUCCUUCCUGUUCCUCCUCUCCAUCCUCCUCUCCUGCUCCCAGCGCUGAGCAUGAGCACUGCCUUCCACAUAAAGAUGACCUUCUGAUAGAAGCUGCCAAGAGUGGCAACUUCAGUAAGUUCCAAGAGCUGCACCAAGCUGGAAGAGACCUGAUGGUGCGAGAUUCCUCAGGCCAGACUGUCCUCCACCAUGCUGUCAAAUCAGGAAGCAAGGACAUCGUCAAAUACAUCAUCGAGAAUGCUCCUUCAGAGAUCCUUGAUGCCACAGAGGAGGAGAACGGUGAAACCAGCUUGCACCAGGCUGCAGCCUUACGCCAGCGCACUAUCUGCCACUACAUCGUGGAGGCUGGGGCCUCGCUCAUGAAGACAGACCUGCAGGGAGACACCCCGAAGCACCGUGCUGAGAAGGCCAAUGACCCCGACUUAGCUGCCUACCUCGAGAACCGACAGCACUACCAGAUGAUCCAGCGGGAGGACCAGGAGACAGCUGUGUAGUGCUUGGCGUGCCUUAGCCCGAGCCAGCUCUUUCAGGAUGAGAAGAGUACAAUGCCAACUGCAGAGCUGUAUCUGGCCCAACCCUCCCCAGAUGCCAGCCUGCUCCCUGGAGAUGGACACAGAAGAGCUCUGCCCCAGGCGGGCUGGAACUCUGUUUAUGAGGACAAUGGAUAUUUCAGACUUGAAGCCUGAUUCUUUGUGUGUGCCCUUCACCUCUCAUUCACCACAUUCCCUGCCCUAGGUGGGCUCUAUCCUCCAGCCAUGUUGGAGCAGGCCAGGCUGAAGCCUCCAGUCACCCUUGUUCAUGGGAGUAAUUCCAGUGCCCCCUCCACAGGCUCCUACCUAUAAUCCUUAUGGGAUAUCAUUGCUCAGUCCUCUCUGCUGGCAGUGCCCCUCUUUUAGGUGCUUGGCUAGGUUUGUGUCCUGUUCCUCCUCUCCUGUCUGGCACAGCUGUGGGAGGCACAGGCUGCAUGGACAGACUGCAGAGGCUGUGAGCCACAGACUGCCCCAAAGGAAGCACCACAACCUACUGGCCCUGCUUUCUUCUCCCUCCUGGGGCUGCACCAGGUCUCUGUGUUGCCCUACCCAGAGCCUUCUGCAGCAGGAGGGAAGUCACUUGUGCAUCCAGACUUUCCUCAGAGCAUCUGGGUCUGGUGCAGCUGGAAGUAGAGCAUCAGGUGCUCUCCUGAUGGACCUUUAGUGCUCAGUCAGCAGUCUGACUCAGGGCUGGGAUGGCAUGGAGGAGGCUACCAAACCCUCCCACCACCCUUCUCUCCAUGGGGCUGGGCGGAACAGUUUGCACACCCACUCUGCUGAGCAUCUCUUUGUGAGCCAGCUGCAGGAUGGUGGAGAGCUGCACUCAGCUGGUGCAGUGGCAGCAGUGAUUUCUGUUGUAUUUCCCAAGUGCUGAGUUAGAUUCGGCUGCCCUCCUUGCUUCAGUUUCCCCCUCAAUGCUAGACUUUGCACGAGGCUGGAUGGGCAGUGCUGGGGUCAGUGCUGCUCUCAGGGAUCCCCUCCUGCCCCCCAACCUGGCAACAUGCAUCCUCUUAGGCUGACUCCUGCUGUUCCCCAGACUGGGCACAGGGCUUUGCAGGGAGCUGACCAACCCACCUGGGUAGACCAUGAACUCGCCCUCUCCAGUUUCAGUAGAAAGAAGGAUUUGGAUUCCCAGGAACCAUCAGGGCUCCUAGCCCUGAGUCAUGCCUACAGUGGGAUGAAGUUUCACAAAUCACCUGCCAUGGGGCAUGAGGCACCACAAUCCAUCUCCCCUGUUGAUUCUGUGAGCACUUGAUGCCAAGACAUCAAGCCAGGCCUUAAGCAAGGCUUUUGCAGAACUGAAUCUCUGAGACCAGGAGGUGCCCACAGAGGAGGAAAGCUGAUGGCUCUGAGCCUAGCAGACCUGCUUGGCACUUUUGGGUGGGCAGUGGUUUUGAAGGGGGUUGCUGUUCACAUCUUUGCUCUAGGAGAGGAUACUGCUGCUGCUGUGCGUGGUCUGUGCAGUCCCUCUGCACUGACAUGCAGCUGUGCCCACUGGGUCAUGCUGGGUGGCACUGUUUGAAUCCCUCCUAGUACCAAGAAAAGGGUAUGAGGACACUGUAGGGAACCAGAAUACCCUUCAGACUUUUUGUCUAGGGGUAGGGUUUCCUUGAAGGAUGGGGAUGCUGUACUGGGGAGCAGAGGCACAGGGCAGUGCAGGGUGCCCAGGGGCCAGUGUCAGUAUUGGCAAAUAAUAAUGAUAGCGUGCUAAUGCACUGACAGCUGGGACACUCCAGAAGUGCCUGGAGUUCUCAGCAGCGCUGCUGGCAGGCCACUAAUAGACAAGGCACUGUCACUUCUCAGAGGUCCACACCACAGGAUGCCCAACUUGGCCCAGAGGCAUUUAAGCCUCAGCUUUUCCCUUUCUCCCUUAUAGUUUUUUGUACAGGUAGUUGAGAGACACACUGUCCCCCUCCCUGCCUAGCCCCUCCAUGCACCUGUGAGCUGAGUUGCUGUGCAAUUCCAAGCCUGCUUAUAUUUUGGUGAAGAAGGAGGGGGUGUUGGUUUCCCUGCUCCCUGAGGGCAGGGGUUCUGUGCAAUACCUGGGUCUGUGUUUCUUAGACACUGUUGUAGGAUUGUAUUUUUGUAAUUAUGUGAGGGUGCUGGCUCCAGCUGGCCCAGGGCCUGGCAUGAGCCUGUAUUCCCAUUGCUUUUCAACUUUGACUGUUUGGAUGUUGUUGUUUCUUGCCAUUGUAAUAAAGAGAUUGAUGUUUUA